GGCCGGUAACAAGACAAGAGUAGUGAUCUUUGGGCGGCUUCAUCAACGACUCCAAUAGUGGCUCCAAUGUUGCGUUUUGGGAAGGGGGGGUCACUGGCGACUACUUCCGGGUGAGUUUUUUUUUUUUUGUUGCAACGGAGUCCACAGCAGCAGCAGCAGGAGCUACGACUUGAACGACGGGAGUCUUCUUAGGAAUUAAUAUUUAAGCUAAACCCAUUAGCCAGACUCAAAAACAUAUUCAAGCGGUUUCAAGUGUCAUAUCCUCAGGCAUUUUUCUCGAACUUUGCGCCCUGGACAGGGUGCCACCGCAAGCCCAAAUACAUGUCGCUGGACUUCCUACCCGAGUGCGCUGCUAGCUAGCUAACAGUAGCAGGCUAGCUAACGACAAUCAUUUCUACAGCAACGUACAUGUAGCGAGACGGGAUUUCACGUCUUUUCUAAACCAACUGACCGUUGUUAAAUAACUUAUUAUCGCCACUCAAGCUUGCUGUUUGAUAUUGUACUUAUGUUGGCUUAUCGUAUUCGUUUACGUUAGUAUUGUGAUGAACACUGGGGCCCAACUUAGCUGGUUAGCAUCUAGGCUAACUAGCUAACUUAUCUUGCUUAUACCAGAGGGGUCUGUCAAAUUCAAUUAGCUUGCCCAGCUCUCGGCCUCGAAUAGCUUUUUAAACCAUUUCUCGAUUUUGAGUUACUAGCUAACUGUCCGAUAUUGAAUCCUUAUUGCCAAUUGUGUUAGUCUACCUCGUCCUCUUUCCCCUUUCUCCUGUCGCCUCCCUGAAACUGGCGGUCCACCAUAGCAUCUUGCCAAACAGGCUGUUCAGGUGCAUCAGGCACUCGCUCAUCGUAGCUUUGACAAUCCGCACAGCAAGUGCUGCCGACUGCGGUCACCAACUACGGACGAAAGUAGCCCAAACCAAUGUUAGGCCAUCUUACACGGAGUUAACUAAAUCUAGGGUCCCCGAAAGUCGGUGCCCUGCCUUCCAAUUUCGCGCCAAGAAGAGUAGUAUUGUUGUGGAAGGUGAGCCCCAUCAGCACCGGGCGUCCAAGCUCGCGAUGCCCCCUCCUACGGUCAGCAGUAAAGCUCGGGUCUACACCGAUGUCAACACGCAGAAGACCAGGGACUACUGGGACUACGAUGCACACGUGCCAAGCUGGAGUAAUCAGGACAACUACCAGUUGGUGCGUAAGCUGGGCCGGGGGAAAUACAGCGAGGUGUUUGAAGCCGUCAACGUCAGUAACAACGAGAAAGUGGUGGUUAAAAUCCUCAAGCCUGUCAAGAAGAAGAAGAUCAAGCGGGAGAUUAAGAUCCUGGAGAACUUGCGUGGUGGAACCAACAUCAUCCGCCUGGUGGACACAGUGAAGGAUCCUGUGUCUAGAACGCCGGCACUUGUCUUUGAGUGCAUCAAUAACACAGAUUUUAAGGAACUUUACCAGAAGUUAACAGACUUUGAUAUUCGUUUCUAUGUGUACGAGCUUCUCAAGGCUCUGGACUACUGCCAUAGCAUGGGGAUCAUGCACAGGGACGUCAAACCACACAACGUCAUGAUCGACCACCAGACGAGAAAGCUGCGUCUCAUAGACUGGGGUCUGGCUGAGUUCUACCACCCAGCUCAGGAAUACAACGUCAGGGUGGCCUCCCGUUAUUUUAAAGGACCGGAGCUGCUAGUGGAC